AAUCUUCGCAAUCAUGAGUGUCGAAAGUCAUAUGCAUCUAACAAAUGAGGACUUCAGAAAGUUGAUGGUGACUCCACGUCAUCCAUCUGCUUCAUCAACACAAUCAGUGAAGGAAGGAGGACACAGACGAAAGAUAGACAGCGAGUCACUUGCUAAGAAGAAAAAGAAGAAAAGUUAUUAUGCAAAACUGAAGAGACUCGAGCAGGAAAGAGAGGCAGAGUUGGCGUUGAAGUACAGAGAUAGAGCAAGAGAACGUCGUGAUGGUGCCAAUCCAGACUAUGUUGAUGCACCAGACAUGCAAAAGACUCAAGGCAUAUAUGCAGCUGUAGGACCAGAAGGUGAACAGAUCGUUAGUAACGAACAGCGUCGUCAAGCUAUUGAAGAGAGCAAAUUUCUUGGUGGUGACAUGGAACACACUCACUUGGUGAAAGGUCUGGAUUAUGCUCUACUGCAAAAGGUUCGCAGUGAAUUAGCUGUUCAAGAGCAGAAUGAAGAGGAGGAAGAAGAGGAAAGAUUGGAAAGAAUGAGAAACGCAGCUAAGGCAAAGAAAGAGGUCUCAGACGAGAAGGUUGAAUUUAGAACUACUGUUGCAAAAGGGGUGUAUCGUGCCCUGUUCCAGAGUAUGCCUCCUGAACGAAACGAUCUCUUCCAACCAGGAAGAAUGGCUUACAUCGUGGAUCUGGAUGAUGACUAUGCAGAAAGCGAUAUUCCUACUACAUUAAUCAGGAGCAAAGCAGACUGUCCACAGCUUGAGUCUCAUUCAAUGCUGACUGUAAAUGAUAUCGUCAUCAACAAGCUGACACAAAUCUUGUCAUACCUCAGACAAGGAAAAGCGACCAAGAAAAUUAAAAAGAAAGACAAAGGAGUACAGCAUGUGAAGGAAGUGCAAAAGAAAAAAUUGCCAGGAGCUGAUGACAACAUUUAUGGUGACGUCGGGAACUAUGACUUUGGACACUUAAAGAAAUCUAAGGAAGGGAAAGCUACCAAACCCUCAAGUUACUUUGAGAAACCCAAGGAGAAUGACGAGAUUGAAGUCAAUGAAGAUUCCGCAAGUGUUGCCAAGAAGUUUCCGACAUUGGAUAUAGCUGCUCUUGAGAAAGCAGCACUCGCUGGUACAAAAGAGACAGCAGCCGGUCUCAGUCAGCAGCAGUUGAACGCUGGAUGGUCCACGGCAGACUUACAGCGAGUUAACGGGAAGCCUGAACAGCGGACUCAAGAGAAAGACAGAGGACUGGGAUCUAGUUUCAAGCAAGGCGACGAUACGAAGAAAUCGAGUCGACUUCAAGAGUUAACAGAAACGGACAGCUACGCUGAAUGCUACCCAGGGGGACUUGGUCUUAGUGGAGCAAUGUAUGACAGUGAUGACGAGGCUGACUACAGCAAAAUGGACAUGGGCAAUAAGAAAGGACCGUUGAAGAGAUGGGAUUUUGAGACAGAAGAAGAAUAUCGUGAGUACAUGGACCAGAAAGAAGCCAUGCCCAAAGCAGCGUUUCAGUAUGGUAUUAAGAUGGAUAGUGGUAGAAAAACGAGACGCUAUCCAAAGGGUGACGAGAAGACAAAAUUGGACAGAGAAUGGCAAAAGAUCAGCAAGAUAUUGGAAAAGAGAAAAUCAUCAGAUGGCUCUUCUAGGGGGAGUGAGGCAAAGCGGCCAAAAAGCACCUCUAAGAGUUAUUCAGAUGACUAACUAUUUGCUAUAUAACAAAGUCCACUUUUCGUACCUCUGUGUACCAGUAGCCUUGUACUGAGCAGUAAGAGUACACUUGUAUAAAUAGGUAACUUACUUGUAUCUGUUUUCUCUACUAACUUACAUUCAACAAAUUGUCUUAACAACCUUAACAGUCUGCCAAACUCUCCUCAUAUAACUAUGCCUUCUUGUAUCGUAAUGUGUCACUCACUUAUGAAC